ACCCCCUCCGCGCCAGCCGGAGCCAGCGGCAUCCUCGUUCUCGCUCUUCGCGCGUCAGCCGAGCCCCGCGUAGACGGACGGCGGUAGAUCGUCCGCGCUCGCGGCAGCGCUCGCGUUCGUCGUCGUUAUUCAUCGUUUGGGUAAAAUGGCCGACCACAGGGAACGGGACUCGUAUUACUCGCAGACGGAUCUCCGCUCCAAAAAUGACGAUCCGCCGAACUCACGUCUCUUCGUCAUCUGCCACAAAAGCCUCGAGGAAGACGAUCUCAGGAAGGCAUUCGAGAAGUUCGGCAAGAUCGAGGACAUCUGGGUGGUUAAGGAUCGUAAUACGGGCGAGAAUAAAGGUGUCACAUAUAUCAAGUUCUUUAAAACGUCAGAAGCAGCGUUCGCUCUGGAAGAGAUGAAUGGCAAGAUGUUGGGCUCUGUCGGCAGACCUAUCAAAGUGAUGAUCGCUUCGAACCGGGAUCAAGGUUCUGUGCGCGAGACGAACGAAGAGGAGAGGUGGGUUCGCUUAUUCUGUGUAUUACCGAAAACAAUGACUGACAGCGAGUUGCAACAGGAGUUCUCCAAGUUCGGUGCGAUAGAGUACGCAACGGUCGUGAAGGAUCGCAGCACGAACGAGUCCAAGGGCUUCGGCUACGUAAAAUUCAAGAAGGUAUCGAGCGCAGCGCGGGCGUUCGAGGAGUGCGACAGGAAGUACAAAGCGGUGUUUGCCGAGCCGAAGAAACCGAAAUCCGAUCACAACGAUGUCAAGUACAACAAUGGGUUGUCCAGUGCCGCGUAUGACGGCACCGGCGCCAGCUAUGGUCCCACGAACUUCGGCAAGAGCAGCAUCAGCCUGGAGAUCGCGACCAACUACUCCAACUCGGAGGGCUAUACGCGUCUGCAGGUGAUCGCGCACCCGGCGCUGAAUCAAGACCAGCUAUGGAAGCUUUUUGAUAUAGUGCCUGGGAUGGAUUACUGCCACUUGAAGACCGAUGUUAGAUACAGGAUGCCGCGUGGCCAGGCGGUAGUGGUGUACAACAAUCCGAGCGCGGCGGCAUACGCGCGCGAGAAGUUCCACGGUUUUGAAUAUCCGCCUGGUCAUCGGAUGAUCGUCAAACCGGAUCUGACGAGCGCACCACCGAAGGGCGCGUCAAAACCUGGGGGGUCGACCGCCGGCAGUGUCGCCAGCGCGAGGACUGAUCUGGCGCAUUUAGCAGAGACGAUUGCUCAAGCCACCUCGUUGAUUCAAGCUGCAGGUCUGACAGCACCGAGCUUAGACCACAUAUCCGUGAAGUUACCACCUGUACAACCGAUGGCGAGUAUAGACGCUGAGGUCGCUAAGAGGUGUUUCAUCGUAUGCGGUCCACCAGUGCCACCUAUCUACGCUAUGAAGGACGCGUUCUGUAGGUUUGGAAAUCUCAUAGAUGUAUAUAUGUUACCCGGCAAGAAUUGCGGAUAUGCGAAAUAUGCCAGCGUCAGCAGCGCAAAUGAGGCGAUUGAGGUCCUACAUGGUCAGGAGAUUUGUGGAUCUCGGCUGAAAGUCCUUGAGGCGGAGGAACGAAACGUCGGUGAAGAUCGACGGAAACGAUUACGAAUGGAUGAAGAUGAGAACUGAACGUGUCCUAAUAAAAAUGCGUAUCUCACUGACUGGUAUACACAAGCCGGACGCACGCAACAAAAAGAGACGAAUUUAAAGACUACUACUCACUUGACCACAUCAAGGGCCUGCAUCCAGGGAAAACUACUCCAACUACCUACCUAUAUAUAUAUUUAACUGUUCGCUUACGUUCGCGCAGCUGCAACUCUCUACGUUACUGAAACCUUUAACUGCUACUCUACUAUUACUAUUACUUUUUAUCCUCUUACAUGGUCCGUUCACACACGAUACGUUGCGCGCGCGGACGAAAACCCAUGUUUCUGUUACUUUAAGAGGCCUGUGCGAACGGCCAUAUAUCGUUGAACGCUUGAACUCGCUAUAUCUAUGGAAAUGCUGAAAUGUAUACUUUCUUCCUUCGGAUUUUACUGGAAGACUUGGAGGAAGCAAAGUGCGCACACAUUGAUGAGAUGCACAGGUGCGAUUUAUCUCUCUAUAUAUGCGAUUUUCGCAUAUAUCACUCUAAUAUGUAUUUUUAUCCUUUCCCAAUCUUUUAGCCUCUAACUUUGCACUUUUCCGAAAUGAUUAUUUCCAGUGAUUAUUGACACAUUUUCUCGAAUGGUGAACCGUUCGAGUUGGUUUACUUGAAACAUCUUAAAUGUCUUUUUAAAUCAAUCUUCGAUGAUUCUGUGAGAAAUCCACGAAAACAAUCGUGACUCCGAUUAUCCGUUCGCAUGGGUUUUUAGGUAUAUAAAUUAUGCUUUAGGUUUAAACGAAGAGAACUUUUAUUUAUGCUUAAAUUUCUGUACUUUUCUUUUAUAGUUUACAUUGCGUGCAAGUGAAGAAAGCAAAAUAAUUUGUACUUUGCCAUUGACCACUUUUACGAUAAGUUAAAAUUAUUGUGGACAAGAGUUAUUCCAAAACAAGAGGUAUAUUGAAACAUCGCCAAAAAUUUUAUGCUGCGGUGUGGUAACAAUAUAAAAAAUUGUUAUUUGAUUAAAUAUGUCGUAUAACUUUGUUAUACUGUUUGACUAUUUGUGUAAAAUAUUUUAACUUAUUAAUGCUCUGUAAUAAAAUUGUAAGACAUUUCGAUUAAUUCGUGCCUUUUACGCACAUUACCAUUUAAAUUUUUAGUCACUAGAAAUUUAAUCCAUAAUUAUUUGUGUUUUAAAAGAGGUGUUAAGAUAUGUGUCAAGAUAUAAAAAAUAUUUUUAAAAAUAAACAAUUUAUUUAAGAGAUUUUUAAUUUAUCGAGAAAACUGAUGAUAUUUUUGAACUUUUAAUAUACAACUUAAACAUUUUUUAAAAGUGUGAGAUUAAUUAAGAGAGAGUAUCGAGUUGAUAUACGCGUCGAUGUUAAUUUACGAUUGGGUAAAAUCUUGUUUUGGAAGCGGUUAAUGUAAAAACGAAUGAAAUGUACUGGCAUGUAGACUGUUUUUCGUUCGGAAACACAACAGGGAAAAGGAGCGUAGAUUUUGUCGCUUAUGGUAAAAGAAAGAAGAUAAAAGAAAAGACGAUUUUUCGUGAUAUGCAAAAAACCGAUACCCGAUAUAUCCAUCAUUACGAAAUCAAACGACUUCAUCAUACACCCGGUGAUCGACGCACAAUAUUGAACGCUUUAUGAUGGACACACAUUUUUUGUACCACCGUGCGGUUAGACUCUCACUGUAUUGACCGGAUGAUGUCCCAGGAGACUGUAACUGUGACUUGUUUUCAUUGAUGAUAUCAAAUACAACAUGGAAUACGCAAUAAAUCCCAAAACACCAACUCUUUCACUUGAUUUUUUUUACUUUGUCGUUUAUUGUCGAUUGGAACAUUUUACGAUUUUGUCUAAUUAAUCCAUUGAUUCUGUCUGAUAAUCUGACAUAUAUUCUUCUCGAUUUCAGGAUAUCGUGAGGAUUCCACGAAGCAUUGUACCUGAAGACUGUGAUACUUCUAGCGACAUAAGAUUAUAUAAUGUUUUUACGAGAUUGUACAUAUGGGAAGAAAAAUUUUACAGAAUCUAUUAAAUUAUUAUAUUUUUAGUA